AUGGAUCUCGACGCUACCGGCCUCCGAGCAGGUCUGCAGAAGCUUCCACAGGAAAUCUUCGAUCAGAUCUACACUUUGACCUUCACCGCACCACCUGGUAUCCGUGAUCUCGCGAACCCAAGUGAGACGCGUGGUCGUUACCCAUCAGACACAAUCCCACAAGAUGUCGCCCCAACCAGCAUCGACUUCGGCACCAAUCUUCUCCACGUCUCUCGCGCCUCGCGCGCCAAGUACGCCUCGACCUACUACGGUUUGGGCGACUUCCGUUUCGACUACCCAAUUCAUCAGUGGCACCGUCGCUGCGUGGACGAGACCGGGGAGAGGAUUCUUGUGUGGACUCGUCUCGUACCGGUGGAAUUCGAGCAUCUGAUCAACAGCAUCAGCGUCCAGGGAGUUGCCAUCAAGCGUCCAGACCGCAAUGUCCCACGCAAGCAUACGGUCUGGUACGACAUCCAGAAGGCACUGCGUGACUCUUUGAGGAGUACCUAUGGUCACUGUUUGCUUGGAAGGGGAAACUAA